GUGAGAGAGAAUUCCGCCCUCAUGUCUAUUCUUGAUCGACGACCUAUAGAGUCUGCUAUCCCAACUCUAGCUAGGCCAAUAAUGUCUCUGGACGCAACAGAGGAUGCUAUUGUGGGAACUCUAAAGCAGAGUCUGAGGCAACUGGAAAAUCUUGGUGCUCAGCGGGCAGGUCUUGAAGACAUGCUCAAAGAGAUGAAAAGAAAAGAUGACAUACUGCCAAAGCUGAUGACAAUUACAGGCUCCUAUGAAGAUAUGUUCAGGAAAGAGAUAUCAAAGUAUGAUCACAUUUGUGAAGAUAUUUCCCAAAACAUUGAAGUUCAAGAACAAUUAUUGAUGCAAAUUCAGGCUCAAAAUGAAGAGUUCUCAACUCUUUUCAAUCUUGAAGAUUAUAAAGCAUCCAAGGAUAAGUGCUACAAGCAGAUCCAAGCUGCUAUAAUGAAAUAUCGAGAGAUCAAGGAGAACAUCAAUGAAGGCCUGAAGUUCUAUGUCACUCUCCAAGAUGCAAUCACGAAUGUGAAGCAGCAGUGCAGUGAUUUUGUGAUGACAAGGAGUAUCCAGUGCCGAGAAAUGAUUGAUGAUGUGCAACGGCAGAUGUCUGGUCUGAGUUUUCAAGAUCGUAGAAGCUCCGGCCCAUACCCAUCUGUGCACCAACCAACGGCUUCAAGUCCGCCUCCUCCACCAGAAACUCAGAAUCCAUCUCAUCCUCACCCACAUGCACCAUACUAUAGACCACCUGAGCAAAUGUCAAGGCCUGGCUACACCAUCCCACCCUACGGUCCACCUCCGCCUUACCAUACUCCUCAUGUGACUCAAAUUCUUUAUUCAAAAGUAGAGAGAUGA